GAUCUAAAAAAAAAAGAAGAAAAGCUAGAGGCAGACAUGUUAUGACUUAGGUUAGAAUAUGUUCUUUUAGCAUCAGCAAAGUAAAAUAAAAAGAAGACAAUUAAGAGAUAUGUUGGAGUUGAAUACUUUUUGGCAAAUUUAUCUUACAAUUCUUUUUUUAUCAUGUUUUCCUGACGAGUUUUCAUUCCAUGAAAACCAAGAUACCAAACAAGAAUCGGAAUUAGCGGAGCAGUUAUAUAUUAAAUUGUUCAAACGACAACGUGCAGAUCAAUUAGAAGCCAUCAAAAACUUCAAAAAAAUUAAUAAUUAUGAAAAACAGUAUAGUCUAUUGAUGGUCAUGGCAGAAAAAAUAUUUUCGGUUAUUAAAGAAAGUCGAGCCGCUAUAGAAAAUUCUCCCUUCAUCCCAGGUGUUUCCAAUUUUCCUUCAGAUGAUAAAGUAAGGAAUGCUUUAUCUACUAUUCUGGAAAAUACUGCUCUAUUUUCUGAAAUCACUUUGAGGUUCCCAGAGAUAGCAUCAUCAGUUUUGAGCAAAAAUAAUACAUGGGAUACUAUCUUUCAGUGGGGCAUUGCAUUCAGUUAUCAGAUGAAGUUUUUGUUAGAUAACAGUACUGUUAGGUUGUUAUAUCUUGUCAGUCAGGAAUUGAAUCACACUGAUAGAGAACCGAACUACACAAAUCCUUACAGAAAAGUACCAAUAAACAAUCAACAAAUUGUUGGCAAAAAAACGACUUCGAAAAAGAAGAGAACUAUCAAAAAAGGACCUAAAUUAUCCAGUCACUUUGAGUUGUAAUUUGAAAAAAAAAAACUUUUGCAGUAAAACAUUUUAUAAAUAAA